UGGGUCUCCACCCCACAGCGGGCACACAACCUCGCUAGCCAGGUGACCACACUUGUCCCUCCCGCCCCCACGGCGCGCACUCUCCCUCACCAUGGGGAACAGCAAGAGCGGGGCCCUGUCCAAGGAGAUCCUGGAGGAGCUGCAACUGAGCACCAAGUUCACGGAGGAGGAGCUGAGCACCUGGUACCAGUCCUUCCUGAAGGAGUGCCCGAGCGGCCGCAUCACGCGGCAGGAGUUCGAAAGCAUCUACGCCAAGUUCUUCCCGGACUCCGACCCCAAGGCCUAUGCACAGCACGUGUUCCGCAGCUUCGAUGCCAACAGCGAUGGUACGCUGGACUUCAAGGAGUACGUCAUCGCUCUGCACAUGACCACGGCGGGCAAGCCCACGCAGAAGCUCGAGUGGGCCUUCUCGCUCUACGAUGUGGACGGCAAUGGGACCAUCAGCAAGAACGAAGUGUUGGAGAUCGUCAUGGCUAUUUUCAAAAUGAUCAAGCCUGAGGAUGUGAAGCACCUUCCAGAUGAUGAGAACACCCCAGAAAAGCGGGCUGCGAAGAUCUGGACGUUCUUCGGAAAGAAAGAUGAUGAUAAACUUACAGAGGAGGAGUUCAUCGAGGGGACCCUGGCCAAUAAAGAAAUUCUGCGACUGAUCCAGUUUGAACCUCAAAAAGUGAAGGAGAGGAUAAAGGAAAGGAAACAGUGAUGACAACAGCUCAGCUCCUCCCUCACCCCCACCCCCACCCCACCCCCAGUGCGAGCAUGUCAGCACACAUACGCACACCCUGAACCUGGAGAGGUGGGAAACCAAACCUCUCCCUGCCAACUGAAGGUCCUUAGCAGGACACAGUUCCUGCUUCCCUUUGUCUUCGGUGUCCCUUCACACCCUACCUGUCUCCUUCCCUUGCCCAGGUAGCCCCGUGAUAAUCCCAGGCUUAGGUCAUAGGAGUCCCAAACGUCAGCCCUGCUUAAGCUCCUUUGGGGAUUGCUGGGUAAGCAGGUUCCAAUAAAUGCAAAAGGACU